AUGAUCAUAAUGACUCCAAUGACGAUGCCUGAUAAAUCCUUGACAAUUCCGCUGGCAAUUUAUUUGGGAAUUUCCGGUUUAUUGGCGAUUUGGUCGUGUGGAAAUAUCGUUGUGGCUGGCUUCAGAAAAAAGUAAGUUUUUUGAGGAGCUUUUUUAGGGAUUUCAUUUCUUUUACCCUGUACUUAUUUUAUUUUUUUGUUUUGUUUUGUUUUUUUUUGAUCGCAAAUACAGCGGGGGACCUGAUCCAGUGGCAAAAAACCCACCAUUUUGCAUCCAGGAAGUAUCAAAAAAUGUGGCAAAAUACCUCCCUCUACAAGUGAAGAAACUCGGACUUUAAAAGCGCGCCCGUUAUUUUUGUGAGGAAACAGGGCGCGCCCUUAAAAACAAAGUAUUUUCGCUUGGAGAGGGAAGCAUUUUGCCACAUUUUUACAACUUCCCGGGUGCAAAAUGGUACGUUUCUGCCGCUGGAUCAGGCACUGUAGAGAAAUUUAUUUCUUUUCGAAAAUUCAUUAGAAGUUUUCUUCUGAUGACUUAAAAUUAAUCUUUCUGCCUUUUCAGACGUCUUCGCCACAAAUGCAACUAUCUGAUUUCAUGCCAAGCCAUUUGCAUGAUCGUACAUUCGGUUGGCGCUCUUUCCAUGUCCAUGUUGGUUUUUAGUGACGGUCUUCAUCGGUCGUCGUUGAAUUGUUUUUACAUUCAAUGUAUACCUCAAUUUGGAAUGUCGGCAGAGCUCGGAUUCAGCUUGAUGAUAGGGCUGGACCGGUUUUUAAGUGUUAAACGGCCUUCAAUGUAAGUGGUGAACUUGAAUAUUCAAUUUUUUUUUAUUUCUGAAUAUUCGAAAUUAAAAAAUUUGAAUAUUCAAAUUUUGUAAAAUUUCUGAAUAUUCAAAAAUUUUAUUUUUACCUUGAAACUUUUGUUAUCAAUUUUCAAAAGGCCAAAAUAAAAUUAAAAUUUUUGAAUAUUCAAAUUUUUUAAUUUUAAAUAUGCAAAUUUUUUCCAAUCAAAAUUCGGAUUAUUUCAGCUACUACAACAUGGCUGCCUUCCCAUAUGUCCCAUUCAUGACGUUAUUCCCGGUUUCGUUCGCCGCAGCCACCAGCCUAAUCACAUAUUACUGCGCAUACACACAGCCUGUGUAAGUGAAUAAGUGUUUCUUAGGAAAUGCAAUCAUAAAUUUGAUUGUCAGCAAAAGCAACGGCCAAAGAACAAGCAGUUAAUGGGGUUACAAGCAUGGCCAAGUCAUAAAGCAGAGAUCACAAAUUUUUUCCGCGGUGAAGUUCUAAAAAAUUGAAAUUCAAUUGGAUGAUCCAAAAUUCUGGUAAUUCUUAAAAUUUUCCGGGGAUUCCAAUCAUUGCGUGCUCCAAAAUUGCAUGCGAUAUCGUAUUGCUACGAGUUUUAACAAUAGACAAUAGAAACCCCGGGCGCUAAACUUUUUAGACGCUUUUUCAGGCGACGGCUUCGGUAACCUUCCGGAAAAACAGCUCAUAAAAUGAGUUGUCACUGCUACCUAGUAACGAUGCUGUGUCAGCGUCUUCUACGACCCUUGAAGAUUAUAAUAACACCAAUCCGAGACCAGCAGCGGCUGGCAAAGAGACGUGACUUGAGUUGUUUCGUACCCUGCCCAAAUCGGGGCACUUCCGAGUUUUUAGCAAUAGAAAAUCCCGGCUAUGCCGUAAGACUUUGCAUUACACCCCAGAUGAAACUUCGAUAACCUCUCUAUUAGUCUGUAUGUAUUUUAAACUAAGGAGGGAUCUGAGCUAGUAAAUAAUAGACUUCGAACUUUUGCAAGAAAAUCGUUAUAACAUAUUAUCCAACCUAAUAAAAUAAGAAAUUCUGAGGAUUCAGGAAAAAAGGAUUCUUAAUAUUUGGCUGAAAUGCUAAAAAAAGUUAUAGCUACUUAAAACUCGACCAAAAGAAAAACGAUUACUGCACCGAGUACUUCAUGAUUCUCAAAUUCAUCAUUUUAUGGCGAAUUUCUUUUUCAGAGUCGUCCGCUGUUCCAUCAACGGUCCGUUGGACAAAUUCCUUCUCCGAGUCCUCCAUUGGACCCACUGUUUCAUUUGCUGUUUGACUCUCUUCAUCUACCUCAAGGCUUGGCACUCGACGACCGCAUUAAGCGCGACAAAACGAAAAAUCAUGAAAGCCUUAAUCUUGAUUGUCAGCGGAUUCACGGCGUCCUGGCUGCUGACAUCCGUUGGGUCGACGGUGAUUUAUUUGAACGACCUCCGAGACCCGUAUUUGUUCGUUGCUCAGUUCUCCCUGACUGGCGUGCUGCUUUUGUGCGGAGUUUGGGACUACUGUAUAUACUACAGAUUGAAGUAAGUUUGCGUAUUUUUUGCUAAGAGCACUACUUUUUUACUUUUUUUUUAUUAAAUUACAAGUUUCUUCAUAAUUUCCUGAAAAAACGAGAAAAAAACUCUUUGUCGGGGAAGAAAUGGGGGAUUUUUGGGGCGAGAGAGUAGGUGCCGACGGUUAUCGAUUACCUUUGAGAUUUUUCUUCUUCUACUUCAUUCCCUUACAGUACAGUGGCGGGCCUGAUCCACAAAAAACGCACAAUUUCGCAUACCAGCAGUAUCAAAAAUUGUGGCAAAAAAGCUCUAAUUUCAAAAGCGCCACCAUGGUGCACCGCUCUUUUUGUGGGAGGAAGGGCGCGCUCUUGAAAAAGAAGUUUUUUAUCGCUGGCAAGGGAGGCAUUUUGCCACAUCUUAUGAUACAUCCCGAAUGCAAAAUGGUACGAUUUUUGCCGCUGGAUCAAGUCCGUCGUUUUAAGCCUCCAUCACUUUAAAAUCCCUUUACAUAUUUACUUCAUUUUAUUCUCUCUCUCUCUCUCUCUCUCUCUCUCUCUCUCUCUCUCUCUCUCUCUCUCUCUCUCUCUCUCUCUCUCUCUCUCUCUCUCUCUCUCUCUCUCUCUCUCUCUCUCUCGCCCUUUGUUCCAUUCGGGAACUGGGUUUGAUAUCCGCAGAUGGCGGAGACACAAAUGUGAAUGCGUCAAGAUUUUUUGCAAAAUUUCACAGGAACUUGAGUCUUCACAGAUUAAGAUGCAUCGUAUUUUAACUCAUCGUUUCUCCAAGCCUAAAUUCCUCUCUAAUCCGCUCAACUUUUUCAGUGCCGAAUAUCAUCGUGCGUUUAUCGAGCAAUUGGGAGUUCAUUGGUACAAAAAGUUGAAUGCUCCUUCCGCGAAUACCGAGGCUACUGGGACCGAAAGUAAUGGGAGUACCACUCCGAUCAAACAAUUGUCUCCGACCGAUACGAUUCGACAAUUGAUAAUUAAGCAAUAA